CAACAUUACACAGUUCUCUCCUUACUCGGACAUAUUUUACAUAGUGCAAAGUAAGUUUGUGUUAAAACUACUAGAGUACAUUAGUACUUUACAUUUUGCAAUGAUUUACUUAACAAUACAAUGAAAUUUCUUGAUAGUUGUCUUCGAUACAACUCUUUUACAAUAUUUCAAUCAUGAAAUGAUGGAAAAUACAAGUAACACUACAAUGUAGAUUAUUUAAAGAGUUUCUUAAUGGUUGUCUUCGACACAAUUCUUAUGUUUUAAACAUAAGUGGGAAAUAUUAAAGAGUAGUUGUUUGUGAGACUACAAACUACUUGGAAAUACUGAGUUAUAUAAUAUGGAAUCACCACAUAGAACGACAAACAGUUCUACAGUGAGGAAAUAGUCUUUUUUAAAUAUCCCGUCAUUUACAAAGACAGUCAAGUACCUACUUAAUAAUUUGUCAACACGUGUGAGUUUGUCACAAACAUGGGAUAUUUAAAAAUCCACUAUUCUUUCAAUGUUCAACACAUGAUAUAUUUCUAUAUCGUAUUAAAAAUUAGUAAAAUAUGACAUUACCACGUAGCACUACAAAUAGUUGUAAGUGCGGAAACAAGUCUCCGUAGUCGCACUAUAGGCGGUUAGUUCCGGAGAUGGAGGAUCGAAGUCAACCGAGACAAAAGCAUCAGAAUAUCGUGGUCAGAUCGUAUAACACUAUACGAUAGGGAAAUACCCUUACGGUACGUAACCCGUGUCUGUUUAACCUAACAUUGAAUAAUAUUGUUUGCGCGGAGUUUCUUGACGGUUGUCUUCAAUACAAUUAUUAUGUUUUAAACAUGAUGUGAGAAAUAUUUAAAAGCAGCUGUUCAUAAAUCUACAAACAACUUGGAAUUAAUGACUUGGUAAAUAUCACUUUGUGAUAGUGAAACAAUAUUUAUUUAAUCAACUGCAAGAGACAAGCAUAAUGAACAUCUGACGGUGCAUUGUGAAACUAUAUCACACACAGAUGACAAAUAUUUAAAUCAAGCAGCCAGAUUGACUGAAGAGUCAUCAAACGUUAACUUUAUACACUACUCUCUGUGUUUCUUGACGGUUGUCUUCGAUACAACGCUUGUAUAAUAUAUCAAUUACGAAACAUGGGGAGAAUAUUUCUUGAAAAUACUGAUUGAGUCAACCUCAUCGGGCACCAUAUGUGAUAUGGGCCUCGUUGAACAAAUUCAUUGGAGUUCCAACGUUCUGUAAAAUAACUUUGAAUAAAUGGGAAUAUUCGUGUUUGUAUACUUUCGCGGCAUACAUGUACAGUUACGUAGAACAUUUAUAUAAAGAUGUCACGAAUGUAUUUGUAGUUUCUUGACGGUUGUCUUCGAUACAACUCCAACUAGAGUUUAGUACAACGCUAAUCACUAGACAAUAGUGACUGGAGACGUGGAGAAUGUGACGAGUCCACAGAGACGACAAUAUUAAACACAACAAUACCAGUUUAUUAUAAAACUAAUUAGUGGAGACACAGUGAUUGCACACAGCUAGAACUAGCACACACCGCGUGCACUGAACUUGCUGGUAGAACAUUGUACUAGACGUUGUACUGACACCAACACCAGUAUCUACCUUACUACCGCACAGGACACGGGACUGACUCAACAUUCAGUAAAUAGCAACGCACACAACUAGAGAACUAGCAACUAGACAUUACAACCGUGACACACACAGGGAACAACGACUCGCUCGGACCUGCUCCUGUCGGGGAACAUAUAUACGUAGUUGGAGUCAUUGUGUCGUUGUACCAAAUGUGGACACACUGUGGCCGCCUUCUGACGCAAUGACAGACAGUAACAUUUCUAUUCAACCUCUUUAUAACGUGUGUUUACGUAAACAUUACAAUGCACACACAAGACAGAAGAAAUAUCAUAUUCCACGUAGAAACACCACUUCAAUGGCGACAUUAGUGGGGGAAGUAAACUGCACAAGUUAAUACAAUAAGUGGUAUGUACCACAAAUACACGUACAUGGAUAGUUUACAAGUACCACCAAAUAAAUAGAUGACAUUAUUGCAACAAGUUUCUUGACGGUUGUCGUCGAUACAACUGUAAUAUAUUAUCACAUUUUUGAAAAUUGUAGCUGAAUGAGCUUUGUAACACACGGCAUGAACAUUGAAAUGACGUAGAUGUAGUCAGUAUCAGUAUAGUUCAUGCGUCAGCCAUCGUCGCACGUAGACAAGUACAAUUGAGGCUGUUUUAACUAAUAUCAAAGAAAACAAAAGCUAAUAUUAAGGUACUCCAGUUGACGAGAACUAGUUUCUUGACGGUUGUCUUCGAUACAACUUGUAAAGUUUCGUAUUAUUUAAAUACAUUUGAGUUACUUUGAGUAGACGAGCGUAUCAUUAAAAUAUUGAUUUGAGAAACAUCAAGCAAUGUGUUUCUACUUAUAGGAAUUUGCAAUAACAAUGUUUUUAUUACGUGUCGAAGAUUCAUCAGUUGCCAUCACAGAUGUAUAACAAUAAUUCUAUUAUGAACAACGCUGUGCGAUUCAUUUCAUUGCGUUUUGCCAUAAAGUGGUCAAGUAGUAAUCAUGAAUUAACAAUAAGGAAACAUCAACAUUGUGUGUAUGUGUGUGUACGCAAUGUAUGCAAGUAGUUUUGUAGCUCGAAUAUUAUACCAAAGCAAUGUUACGUAUUGUUCUAAAUCAUUGCACUAAACAUCGACACACACAGCUAGAACAAGCACACACCCCGUGCACUGAACUUGUUGGCAGAACAUUGGUAUAUUGUAUCGGUAAGUUCUUUACACUAACUAUAUUGGUAAUUAUGUUUAAUUAGUGAGAAAUAUACAAUGACCACGUAGAACGAGAAACAGUUGUAAGUGGAGAAAUUAUUGUUUUACAUCUCCUCUUGAGGUCCCAGAAUAAGACGACACCAGUAUUCUUAUGGACCACUGUUUGUAUCACAUUCAUGAACACAAUAUUGUCACGUUUGACUGAUGUAUAAAGUUACAAAUACGUUUUAUGCACAUUUCAUGGAAAGAUGAUAUAUUUAUCACAACAAGCCAUUGUAAUUAAAGAGGCGAUGUGUGGAGAUUAAACUAAACAAUAUGAUUGAACUUAUAGACUGGCCAAAGAGUUUCUUGACGGUUGUCUUCGAUACAAGUUGACAUACAACAAUUGAAGAACACUAACAUUCAGUACAAUGUUGUCCGCCCGAAUGCGGGCACGACUUCUGAGACAAGAAACAUUUCACACAUCCAUACAUUGUGUUUGUAUUUAUACUCCUUUAUGGAGAAAUACUACCGACUGCAGUAUUUUGGAACUUUAGCUGCUAACAGCUGAUCAUGCGAAAGCACGCGCAAAAUUGACAGUGCAGUGCGAUGCGCGCUCGAGUACGGACGUGUUGCAGUUGUACGCAAAGGUCGCGGCGUAAGUCGCUGCCCGAUAUUUCGCAAUGAGUUCACAACAACUUAUCGCAAACGAGCUGUUGGCAUUCAUACAAAAUGCCAUCGAUUCCAUGGACGAGGUCAGCAUCAUGCAGAUUUGCAAGUCGAACUUCAAAGAAGACGAGAUCAGCAAAGGCAAGAUGCUACUCUACCAAACGACCGGGAAGCUGGACCAAAUGCCAUCGAGGAGGAGAGAUGGCACGGAUAAGAGCGUCCAAGACAUCAUCACCUUUAUGAAGGCGACCGACCCUGACGACGUUCCGACCUUUGUAGCGAAGGAGCUACAUAAGUUGCCGCCCGUCACUUUCGACCACGUAGAUGUCACCAGGCUGCUGAAGGAUAUCACAUCAUUGAAGUCGAGCCUGGCCCAGAUGCAGUGCAAGUUGGAGUCGUCUGAUGCUACCAUCCAGGAACUGCGUGCCGAGAUAGUGUUGUUACGCAAUGCUGUUUCGGAAAAUAGGUCUCAAGACGAAGCCAACGUGAACACACGUCGCGGGGCGCAAAACGUUUCAGUCAGCAGUUUUGCAUCGGCGAAACUGAACUCAUCGCCUAGUGCAAAUAAUGAGGUCGAUGCACCGUGCCCCGCCGCUCCUCGUGUCUCUCCACGUGCAGGGAACACGUCACGCGAAGCUACGUCGACCCCCAAAGUAGCUUACGCCGCAAUUGCUGCCGCAAACAAAACAGCUGCUACACUACCUAAGCAGCUGAAAAGGGGUAAGCAGAACCGGCGCUGUGAAUCCGUAUCAAGGAUUCCGGUACAGCGCUGUCCAGGAAAGCCUGAGUGUGAUGAGGAUGGCUUCAUCAAAGUUCAAAAGAAGAAGAAGAAGCCUACUUCUCGCAAUCAGUGCGGUACUGGACUGACCGGACCAAACAUGCUGCUGCGUCCAGCUGUGCCUACGACGCUGCUGUAUGUGUCCCGACUACACCACACCACGAAGGUUGAGGACAUCGUGGAGUAUGUGAAGGUGAAGACCAACUGGACCUUGAGGGUCGUAAGGUUGGAACCGCGUCAAAAUACCAACUUCAAGUCGUUUGUGGUGCGAGUUCCAACUCAACAUCUCGAGAAGUUCCUCAAGGCAGAAUUUUGGCCGAAGGGUGUCAUAUACCGACGUUUUCGAGGCAGGCUACGUGAUACCGAGCAGCGUAAUACGACGCCACGCAUCGUCACAUCGUGUGACCUCAAUAAUUAAUAUAAGAAUUAUGUAUUUAUAGUAUUUUAUGUUUUAGUAUAGUAUUAUUGUAUUGAUAUGGGCCUUCGUUGCCUGAUAUAAAUUAAUAAAUAAAUAAAUAAAAAAAAAUAAUACACAGCCGACAUUACAAUAGUGUUGUAAGUACAACACUCACUCACACAGCGACACAAUAAGUGGGGAAAUGUUGGCUUUACACCACGUGGAGACGUCCAACAACACUGUAACUACAACUAUCCCGCCACACAUCUGUUGUGGUGGGUAUAGUACACCCACUCAUUAUUCAACCCUAUAAAGGUAUCAUUAUUUUCGAAAAAAGCAUAAAAUUCCAACCUAAAACUUAAGUUUAUUUAUAAGAUAUAUAUUACUUAGUUUCUUGGCGGUUGUCUUCGAUACAACGUUGACAGAACAUAUAGUACCUAGCUGUGUAUGUGGCUACACACCACUGUGGAAUACUGACUAGGUAAGUCUUAUGUCUACACAAAUGUAGGCAUCAUCUGUUGCAACAUUAUCGUUUAACUUCAAGAAUAUUAAAUGUAGAAAAAGUUCAUAUUAUUAUGUUCCAUAAAGGAGGACCACGUACAAAAUACUCAAUAUUUAUCUCAUAUAUGUAUAACAUUACAUGAUUAAUGCAAUUGUGUAAGAUUCCGUACAAUCAGUUGUACAGAGAUGACGUCAUGUCACGUAUCUGCGCGAAAACAAAGUAAACACACACAGCUAGAACAAGCACACACCCCGUGCACUGAACUUGCUGGUAGAACAUUGUACUAGACGUUGUACUAACGUUAGCACUUGUCGUAGUAAACAGAGCACACGAGUGACUCCACUCGUACAAUAAGUCUCAUCACACCUGCAUGUGGCAUUGGAAGUGAGAUGUGGGACGUUUAAUGACGUCAUAACCAGAGAAACUUAUGUUUAUUGUAACAUCAACAUGUUCCAUGACUAAGACAUAUAUAAAGACAAUAUAAUUCACGCGACAUAUAUCGAUGCACAUAUUAGAACAAGCGCGGUUGUCACUAGCACAUUGCUUGACUGUCUUCGACACAACUUUGUAUAUUUACGUAACCACUUGCACAUACUGACUAGGUAAGUCUCAAUGCGCCCGAAUGCGGGCACGACUUCUGAGACAAGAAACAUUUCACACAUCCAUACAUUGUGUUUGUAUUUAUACUCCUUUAUGGAGAAAUACUACCGACUGCAGUAUUUUGGAUCUUUAGCUGCUAACAACUGAUCAUGUGAAAGCACGCGCUAAAUAUGUUUCAAGAUAAAGACAUGAUCUGGAAAUGACUGCAACAUCGAUAUUGACUACCUAGUUGUUACAUGGACAUACGCAGAUACAUAAGUUUCUUGACGGUUGUGUUCAAUACGAUACAACUCUCUUAUAAUAUUUCAAACUAGCUUCCGCCCGCGGCUUCGCCCGCGUGAAAUUAGUUUUUGUCAAUCCUGGUCCUUUAUGUCUAAGAGACUCUUACAGGGGCCAGCCUCACGUUGUGUACAAAAAUAUUUUUAAAUGACCUAAUUUAAAACAUUUUUGUACACAACGUUUGCUGUUUUGUUAUCAUUUGUUAAAAUGUGGAGAUUGUUUGGACUCGACACUCGCGAGCAGGCCACGUACAGUUGGCCAUGCGAAAAACAGUUUUUCUCUAAAUGGACACCUGCUACUUUAAGUGUUUGCCCUUGCGCUUUGUUAAUGGUCAUUGCGAAGGCUGGUUUGAGGGGAAACUGGAUUCUUUUAAACUGAAACGGUAAAUCUGUAGGGAUCAUGGGUAUGCGUGGAAUCAAAACUUCUUCAUCUUUAGCUAUACCUGUCAUUAUAAUUGCUCCAAUAAUAUUGCGUCCUAGCUGCGUAAUUUGCAAUCGAGUCCCGUUGCAUAGUCUCGGCGCUUCGAGAUUUCUCAUUAAUAAAACUGGAACCCCAACUUUCAGUCUCAGCUUAUGAGACGGCACUCCUGACAGCUCUAAAGAGUUUAGAAACUCGGUAGGAUAAGACGUCACCUGUUCACUGUCCAUGACAAUAUCUACUGACAAAUAUUCGACAUCAUGAUGCGCUCAUCCCACGGCGAUGUCAAUUAAACACAUCGUCCGUCACGUUUAAAUGGAAAAAAAGUAACUAAGAAAUUAAAUUAUCAAUAUUUAUUUACAACCAAUGCAUAAAAAAGUAGGAGGUUAGUAGCUUAGGUUAGUUUUACACCUACUACGACCUCUUAAAUUAAUUAAAAAAAGGAAAUAAAAGCAAAUCGGAUUUUUUUAAAGUAACGGAAACUAUCUUACCUACUUUUAACUAUGAACUAAAAGAAAUAUCAAGUAUGUACAAAAUUAAUUUACAGGACCUAAUUAAUAAAAAACACUUAAAAAGUUAUACGAAACAAAAAAAAUAAUUUUACUGGAUCGAAAAAUGUAAUUCUCUAUAGCGCAAAUUUCUCUAAUCGCAUGCGUCCGACAACGACGUCUGCCCUCACGUGUCUGCCCGUUCGGGUAGGCAUAGUUAGAUUCGUGCGCUCCCCCACCACACGACAGCGCCGCGCCGUUGCCUGCCGCAGAUGCCGCCACACUUCGGCGAAUGUGCGCGACGACGACAGACGGCAGCGGCGGCGAUGCAGAGUAUUCGUUAAAAGGAAUUUAAACUUCAAAAACGAACUUUUUUGUAACUUGAUACACCCAAAACUUCUAAAUUACAUGUUCCUAGGUUCAGUGAUUAAGAUUUCGUAUACAAAAAGUUUGGCUUUGUAGUUCCAGUUCCGAAUCCGUUCCGUUCGAAUUUCGGGAAUUCCGUUUGUAGAAAAAUUCUGCACAUCCUUUGAGACCUACGUACCAAGAUUCAUGGUCUUAUCUUCAAUUCAACCCCUAUUUCACCCCCGAACUGGUAAAAAUUUCAAAAUGCUAGAACAAACGAUUUUUUGUUUCUUAUGACGUGAUAUUUGACGAACUUGCAUACUAACUUUCAACCCUUAUUUCACCCCUUAGCUGGUCGAAAUUUCAAAAAUGCUAGAACAAAUGUUUAAUGAUUUCUUAUCAAGUGCUUAAAUAUAAAGUUUCAUGGUUUUAUCUUUUAAAAUUAAGAAAUCCCAUACAAACUUUCAACCUCUAUUUC